CGGCCGUGUUGACUUUGCCUGCGUUGGGCGGAGCAGCGGGCUCCGAAUUGCGCCGAGGAAAUAUACGUUUAUUGGUGGAUUUCGAUCAUUCCGUCGAUUUUCAUGUUCCCUGCAGCCGAAUUGCACCGUCAUGGAGAUAGUUCCCUCGAUUUUCAGCCUAGUAAUAUCUGUCGAAUUGCACUGUCGUAAUGUUUUUUUUAGUUCUGUUGAUGAUUGAACUUUCAGAGGAAUUGGUUAUGUUCUAUGGAUUGAUUGAAUAUUUGGAGCAAUGGGGGUUUGUUUGCGCCCUUGCUGAAUUGAAUUGCGCCAAGAAUGUGUCCUCUGUGACUGUUCUGUCGUUCGAGCUUUAGGAAAGGGGCUAAUGUUUUCUUACAUUCGAUCAACUUUUAUUAGUUCAGCUAUUCUGUCUUGCUGGAAUCGAGUUUGCUGUGCUUGAUUCCUAAAGUGUGUCAUUUCUUUCAGACGUUUUUUGCCUCCUUUAAUGUGCUUAUGCAUGGUUGCUGAAUAGUAGAACAUAUGCUGCGAGAUUUGGCUAUGUAUGAUUGUUCUGAAAGAAUUUUAAUUGUCUUAUGAAGAUUAUCAAAGCUUGGUUGUCUUACAUAACCGAAACUGACAUCCCUGUUCUGUUGCUGUCCUUGUACUGUUUUCAAAUUUCUUACCCUUUUCUCUUGUUCUGCUUGAGGUUAUACCUUAUUGCAUUUGUGUGGCCAUCUAUCUGUCAGUGAUUUUGCAGGUGCCAUAGUUCCGUGUUAGGGUAAGGUUCUUGAUGGUUCUGGGACACAGUUCUUGCUUUGGCAAAAGAUUCACCAUCUUAUCGAUGUUUGUAGGCCAUGCACUCCCAUGUGGUUAUACCAAAUUGCACAAAAACAGAAGUCCAUUUUCUAUGUUCGUGUGCAUGCAUCUGUUCUUAUUUCUUUGACAAAACACAAAAAUCUUUGAGCCUUCAUGCGUUUACCGAAUGAUAGUUAUGUACAAGCCCAUCAUGGAAGGGCCAACACCCCAAAAUUACAACACUGCACUCAUAAGUGCUAGGCACCACCCGGAGAGACGUCUCUGGACACACCAUGAGUCACUUGGAUGCAACCAUAUUACGUUUCAAGCGUUCAAGCUGCUCUGUUGGUGCUUGGAGGGUGUGAGGUGCCUCCUGGUUUAGUAAGCAUGGCUGGGCCUACUGCAUAUGCUGAAAAGAGUACAACUGUGGCUGCCAAAAGGGUUGCUUCCUUAAUGAGGUUUCGCGAGAAGAGGAAGGAAAGAUGUUUUGAUAAGAAAAUAAGAUACGGAGUGCGCAAGGAGGUUGCCCAAAAGAUGAAGCGGCGUAAAGGACAGUUUGCUGGAAGGGCAGAUUUUGGUGAUGCUGCAAGUUCUUCUGCAGCUUGUGUCUCUGCAGUCGAUGGCGAGGAUGAUCAUUUCCGAGAAUCCCAUUGUCAAAAUUGUGGUGUCAGCUCAAGGCUUACUCCAGCAAUGCGUCGGGGCCCGGCUGGCCCCAGGACCCUCUGUAAUGCUUGUGGCUUGAUGUGGGCAAAUAAGGGUACUCUGAGAAGUCCUUUGAAUGCUCCCAAAAUGACCGUGCAGCAUCCUGUCAAUCCGAGUAAAAUGGAGAGUGUGGAUGAUGACAAAGCAAUUGUGUGUGCUGAGCGUAAUCAUACCGCAGUCAAAAUGGAUUCUGAGAUGAGUCCGGAACAAGAACAGAAACCAGAACUGCGCCCGGCGACUGAAGGCGACACCAUGGCUGAUUCAUGACAAGUGUAUAUAAAUGAAACAUAGGUUUUUGUCAGAUAUUUCCUGACUUUAGAAAUGAUGUAUAAGGCAACAAAACUAACACAAGCAUGCAUCGACAUGCCACAUUUAUCCCCUCCAUGUAUUAUAUUUACACAUUGUAUACCCAACAGUUCUGCAAUGCAGAGAAUUCAGGAAUGCAAUCAAUCCAUCACAUUCUUGGUG